GACGAAAAAAACUCGAAAGAGGCUUCUCCCUUCUCCUUCCUCGUGACGAUAAAGAUGUGAAAAGCCGCGGAUAUCUUGCUUCGCCAUUUCCAACGUCCGUAGCGACACACAGAAACACAAAAGGCACUCGUCCGACUUCUCUCGCUGACUCUCACUUGUCGCCAGCAGUUUCCUCGUUUCUCAUUGUUUCCGUCCUCACUGUCGUCUCCUCUCGGUUUCGCUUCUCUCUUGAAAGCAAGACUCUCCGGGGGGUCGCCUUCUCUCGCGUGCGUGUGAUCUCUCCCCCCCUUGGCGGCGCAAAAUACGGAAGAGCAGAUCUCAAAAAACGAACGUUCCCAGCUUGGGUUCCCCAGCCGCCGUUGCCUGCUGGAUUUUUCACCUCUCCUCGACGGUCGCCACUCGAGUGAGGUGUACGUACACCUCACGGUCGAGCGCCAGCGGCGCCACGGCUGCCUCCAGAAGGCGGCGAAAGAGACGUCCUCUUCCGCCUUCUUGUCUGGACUUCUCUUCUCGACAUGCACUGGGAAGAACUACCGAGUUCAGCAGAUGCCUCUCGCUUGUUUCUCGGACGAGGAAGCCGACGUCGAGGCCAGCUCUCCACUGGUAUCCUUUCUGCCUGUCGGUCUUUGUUCAGCCGUCUCUCCUUUUGCUAUUCUGUUAACCCUCCCAGAGUGCGUUCGCGCGAUUUGUCUCUUUCGCCUCGCCUGUCUCCGUCUCCUCUUCUGUCGCCUGCGCCUUUUUCCUCUCCUUGCGCAGGGCCUGCAGCUUUUGGUCUUACGUCUCGCCGCCGCUCUUCCGGCUUCUGCGUCCGUUCUCUGCGGCGGCAGUCCUCGUUGUGUCUCUCAGCCUGCGCGUGUCUGGCGUCCGCGGGAUGCAGAAGUGACAAGGACGCGUAGGGAGUCGAAACUAUGUAUCUGUCCCUCUCUCUCUGUCGCGACGCCUCUUCCCUUUUCGUUUUCGCCUUCGGGUGUACGUACACCCCGGCGAGAUAGGCUCAAGAUGGCGGGGGCUUUGAGUCCGGUGGAUCAGCUCCAGCUGCCGAGCUGUACGGAGCAGGACUUCCAAGAGGCUCUUGCAGCAAUCAAGACGACCGACGCGAUCAUGGACGAAGGGAUCUUCGAGCAACUGAAACGGUACAGCGCAUACAAAUAUCUUUGCCACAAGAGGCAGCAAGUACAGAGUCUCCAGAGGGCUCUUUCCGGCGCCGCCUCCGCCUCCUCCUCCGCCUCCGCCGCCGCCGCUUUGUCGCCCUGUGCAGAAGGACCUUCCGCAGCUGGGGAGAGCAACGGCGUCGGAACCCCACAGCCCAGUGGAGACAGGGGACAGAGGGGACAGUGUCUGUCGGGGGUGAGGGCCGAGGGGACACAGGCGCGGCACACCCCCCAGCGCCCCAGCGUCGUUCUGGACAUCUCGACCCCCGAAGACGUUGGAUGCAUCAGGAAAAUCAACCAUGAAGCCUGCAAUCUCCUCGCGAACAGCUACGAAGGCUACGCGUGGAUGUGCCAGGUGGCGGCGGAGCUCGCGGAAACUCUUGAGGUCUCUGCACACCCGAAGCCCGGCCACGGCACUCAGGCGAAAGGCGCUUCCGCCUCGGGGGCGCUCUCGACUCUUUCUUCUUCUCUCUUUUCUGGAGAAGGCAAGGGGGACUGGCCAGACAACGACGAGGCUUCCCACACUGCGUCCCAGUCCGCCGGAGACGGCGCCGGCGUCUCUGUUCUCUUGCAUGCACUGUGCGACUUUCUGACGAUGAAGUACGACUCCACAGUCACGAGAAAGAACCUCCUCGACGACAGGUCCACGCACGGCAGCUGGAACCCACCCGCCUUCUACUGGCAACUCUUCAAGCAUCCGUCGAUCAUUUCUUGUCUGCUAAAGUUGUACCAAGAGAGGCCGCAAGACGAGUUCCUCGCCUGCUGGUUCCAAGACUACACACAGCACUACCGGCGGGUGUCGUCGACGCGGACAGGGCUCUUCUUCUCUGUUCUCUCUGCGGAGGAAAAAAAGCAAAGUGCCUGCGAAGCGCGGCUCUUCCUGCCAGACGCGGAUCCUUCUUCGCUCUCCCUCCUCGACGAACAUCUCCACACCCAGCAGCAACUGUCCAAACUGACCAGCAACUUCAGUGUCUACACACUCCGCAUGAGCGAAGAAAUUCGCCGCUUUCUUCUCUGGGACGAAAGCGAGGAACUCUGCUCAGCUAGUCUCUCUCAGACCUUCGCGCUCUUCCUUCAUGCCGAGAACGCUUUCUUCUACGCACUGGCUUUGCUGGUGUUUAUUGCGUCUUGGCGUCCGGAUCUGCGGGGCUGUCGACGUCUUGCACAGUUUCUGACGCGGGCCGUGAUGGCCGAACCGCGGCUGCCUCCGUCGCCUUCUCAUCUGAGAGGAGAGAACGUCGGAGAGUCGAGCGAAGAAGAAGUGGAGCGCGAGAAGCGUGUUCGCCGCUCUCAGAGGCAGCGCCUGGAACGACUGCAGGAGCUCAAGGAAGAGAAACAAGGUCUGCAAAUCCGUCUUCAACAACUGCAGCAACGCACGCAACAGCUCGCCUCGUCCUCCGCUUCUCCGUUUGCUUCUCUGUCGCCUGGCUGUUCUUCGCCUGGCGCUGCGGAGACGGAGGGGCUGCGGGGGGAGAGAGACGAGGAGAUGGAAGCAGAGAGAGGAGAGAGCGGAGAGAGAGGAGAGAGCGGAGAGGGAGAAGAGAAGAAUGCAGAGCGUUCGAGGAAAAUGGAGCAGCUGUUGAAAGAGCAAGAAGAGGCAGAGCAAAAGCUGCUCAAGGUCGUGAAGGAGACGGAGGACCUCGAGACGAAGACUCUCGUCGAGGACGCGACACUCGAUUUUUCAGAGUCGCCAGCAAGCGCUGCAUGUGCAGCGGCGUCCAGCGUUCACAGACAACGCGAAGUCUCUGCAGCUCAGCUGUAUCUUCUCAUGACGAACUUAAAUCAAUACCCGCAGCUGGACGAGUUGUUCCGUAGCGUGACGCGUUCGAUUUUCGUGGGCGCUGACGUGCGGCUGUCUCCAUACGACGCAUGCGAACUCUGCGACUUGUUGCAUCGAUGCAUGCGCCCCUUUGAGUCGAUGAAGACACUGCUGUACGAGCGCCGAGACGAGACGGCCCUCUCUGAAUUCUUCACAGACAACUUGGAGAGAGAGGGAGCCUUUGAAGACCACAGAGGGCACUCCGGCCGCGCCGAGGCACAGACGCUCAACGUCCCCAGUGAAGCUGCCGCUCUGUCAUGGGAGGAAGAACUCAAGGCCCGGCAGAAGCGGCGCCGAGGCCAACAAAAAGGCGAAGGAGACGGAGAAGGACGCGGGGAGACGGGGCGUGGUAUGAUGGGGAGUCUGCACGGCUCAGAAUUCGACUUGAGUAAAGAGGGAGAGGGCGAAUGUAGGGGUGAAGGGCGCUUGAGAGCGCUUGAGGGACCAGGCGUCGGCGAAGGGAGAGGAAAAGCGUUUUUUCCUCAGCACCAGUCGGAGACAGAGCAGAGAGAGGCGGACCUUGAAGCAGAAGUGCAGUCGCUUACGUCCUCGCUUUCGCGUUCUUCUGUGAGUUCUCCUUCGGGGACGUCUCUCCACUCGGACUCGAAUGCCAGCGAAGUCUCUUCAGCGGUCUCCUCUUCCCCCUCUUCUUCUCUCUCUUCUUUCCUCUCUUCUUCUGUUUCUUCUUCUGUUUCUUCUUCCCUGUCUUCUUCUCUUUCUUCUUCGCUCUCUUCGCCGGCACCCUUCGCGUUCGGAGGCGAACAAGGGGAGAGACAGAGACUCCAGCACCCUUCUUCUCUUCCGCGGCUGCCUUCCUCCUCUGCAGCCGUCUCCGCCGGCGGACUGGGGAAAUGUUCCGCGCCACUGUCUCGGCAGAGCUUCGGCGAGCGUAGCACCGGGGCGUCUGUACAGCUGAGAGAGGCGUUCCCGCCGCGAGGCGCCGGCGGGGACCGCGGCGAGAGCGAAGUCAGCAGUGCGAGCGAGAAGUCUUCUGGAACUGCGUCGGCCUUUGGUGAGGCGGCGAGCGACGUCUCGAGUUUCCUCUCUUCUUCUCUCGCUUCGUCCUCUCUCUCCGCCGCAACCCCCAGAAGUCUGCAUCCCGCCUUCUCGCCAGCCGGCCUGGGCAAAGGGAAAGUCUUCGGCGCCGUGCCGCCAGGCCUCGCGUCCGGAGACCGGAGACACUUGGAGGGCGAACGCGUCGAAGUCGAAGGCGAAGUGCGUCCGGCGCCGGCGUGGGGCGCGCGCGAACAAGAACCGGGCGCGUCUGUUGACGUGUACGUACACCCGGCGGGCGAAGCUGCGGUGGUCGACACGAACGAAGUGUACAUACACCCGAGGAUGACGGCGGAGUCCGAGGCGGACGGGUCGCACGUCGACAGCGAAGGCUUCGGCGACGCGGAGGGAAGCGUCUUGGCGGCGGACCAAGGAUACGGGAGGGGAAGCGGCAAGACGUUUUGUGAGGACGGUCAGAGUCGAGGGGAGAGUCGACUUUGCAGCGGACGUGGAAAGCAGCUGGCCCCGCGGAGGUACGUGGAGCUUGGCGUAGCGAGACUCGAAGACGAACGUGCAGCUCGACGCGCCGACGUCCUCGACUUGCCCUCUGCCUCUCAGUACGGAACUUGUCGCGCCCGAGACUUCGAAUACCAGCGCCUCCGCAAAUCGCCUGCGGCGCCCCCGUUGGAGGCCCUGCGCGAGACGGCGUUGAUCGACAGCUUGUUGGAAGAUUUCGUAAACGCGCAAGUGUCUCUGGAGGCGGGCGCUGCGUCGGCGGACGCGUCGCUGUCUCUUCUUUCGGAGACAGCUGGCGAGACGUGCGAAGCGACCGACGAGCUCGACUCGCGGGGCCGGUCGUCUGUGGCGCCAGAGUCUUUCGCGCAUGCAGCGAGUGUCGGGCCGCGAUAUCUGAAGUACGUGAACCUGCUGGUCAUGCUCUGCGUCCUCUGCGCCUACGAGUUGACCCAUCGCUGGUGGGAGGAUCGGAAGGAGGCGAAGCGCCGCCGCAGAGAAGAAGCGAACCGCGGUGUCCCUACACCCGGCGAAGAAGCGCUGCCGCGAGACGCCUGGCAGUUCUACGACGACGAGGAAGAAGAAGGCGGCGCCGAAGAAGCAGAAGAAGAAGUGGAGGAAGAGGGGGAGGAAGAGGAAGAAGAAGUGGAAGAGGAAGAGGGGGAGGAAGAGCAUCAGCAUCUUCGUGUCGAGAGCGAUUCGGACGUCGACGCCUUUGCCGCUGGCGCCGACGCGGCCCCGCCAGCCCCCAGCGACGAGCUGCUCUGGGGUGUACGUACAGCCGGCGAGGCGGCGCACGCGUCUUCGCAGAAGCUCCGAAAGUCGCGACAGGAGGCGCUAGGCGAGAGUACUUUUGAGGCAGAGCGAAGACCCGUUGCAAGAGAGCCGGAAGGGAGAGAAGAGAGACAAGCGUCGGGACGGUGGGGAAUGGAAGAUUUAUUCGAGGAACCGGAACAUCAUCUGCCAGGGACGUCCUUCCGCACUCCGGCUGCAGUGUAUCGACACCGGAACGUAGAGGAACUUUGCUCGCCGACGAUGCCUCGACGGGCGCCUCUGGCCUCUGCGCCUCCUUCGCCUUUCUUUCAGGCGACUCAAACGCAGACUUUUUCAGGCUUUCCUGAGGCUCCUGGGCGAGGAAAAGACAUGCAAUUUUUCGCUUCUGGGCGAGGAAAGGGCGCUCGAGAAGGCUUCCUCGAAAGAUCGCUUGCUUCCGAAAAAGACGCGCCCUCAGACGAAGCCAGCGAUGACAACAGUGAAAGUAGCGACUCCAACGGCAGCAGCUACUCCAGCAGCAGCGCGGGCGCUUCAUCUCUCUCUCCGCCUCACCCGUCCUCUUCGUCGCAGUCAUCGUGUCUUUCUUCUUCUCCGUCGUCUUCCCUUUCCUCUUCCUCCUUGUCGUCGCCAACUCCCUCGCGUUCGUCUGUCUCCGGCGCGGGACCGCGCGACCGAGAAACGCAAACUGCACGCGCUCUUCCGAGCCAGUUUUCCGACGAUUCUCAACACACCGCUUCUCCCCCAGGAUCCUCGUGCUCCAGUUCUUCUUCCGGUUCCUCUUCUCGAUCUUCCUCGCUGAAUUCUUCGUGGAACUCUUCUUCUUCGCUGUCUGUUCCUGCGCCUGAGGGAGCUGGGGCGCGAGCGGAGUCCGCGUCGAGUUCCUCAGUGUCUGCGUCCUCUCCGUUUCCAGCAAAGUUGGGGAAGAAGGCAAAGCUGAGUGCAUGCAGCGGAGGUUCUCGGCGAGCGGAGAAGGAGGUCGCGAACUCGCGAGUCUCUGUGCGAAAAAGACGCCGCGAGGAGACAGAGAGACGCGGGGGCGAGGGACAUCGGGAGGAAGCGGAGAUGGGCGACUCUGGGAGCGAGGUCAAGAGCACAGUUACGAGUAAAAUCUACAGAAAUGUCCAUACUCGCAGCAAGCUGGGAAGAGGCAGACACUUGAGUCUCCUUUCUGCCGACAUGAUUCGCACUAAAUUCGAGGAGUUUUGCGGCGCGGUUGAACGCUACAAGUCGAUUGCGCGAAACGAACUCGUGCAGAUUUACCGCGUCUGUCGAGACCCGAAAGUCUCCUUCCACUUCAAAGUGUUUCGCUUUCUCUCGCUGGUCGGCACCAACCUCGCAGCCUCCGCAGUCCUCAAGUUCCUCUGCCUCUCGCUCUUUCCAGGUCAGGCCACGAGCUCGGUGGAGACACCCUGUCUCCUCUCACCCUUCGCUGUCUCGCACUUCUCGCCCUCCGUCGCAGAGACUCUCGCAGAACGCCGGACUCCGACAGGCGCCGAAACUCAGCGGCGGGCAGCUUUCUUCGAGGAACAUGAGCAGGGAGAAGAAACGCGACACAGUGCUGAUUCUCUCCUCCUCGUCUCGGACGGCCUUCUCCUUCUCCUCAAAGUCAUCGUCGACAGACACGCGCAAAAACGAAUUCCUGUCAUAGAUCUGCUCGGACGAGUGUUGAUUGCCGGUACGAGGCAGGAACGAAAGUCUCUGGCGCUCGCGCAGCAGCACAUGGAGAGACGCACCGCCGUCGUCCGCUUCCUGCUCUACACCUGCAAAUUCGAAAACGAAGUCAUUGCCGUUCUCUCCCUCUUCCGACGCCUCCACGAAAGACUUGACCGGUCGCUCUGGCGCCUCUGCCUGUCGGAACUUCUGCGGCACUGCGGACCGCCGUUUUCCUCCUCCUUCUGUCUCCCCGUCCUCGACCUCCUCGUCCAAACCAUCAACACUCAGGGCCAGUGGCUGCAGAAGUCGACGAAGGAGCCGGACAGCCGACGUUUGCGACUGCUCAUCGAGAGAUUCAUUGAAGAAUCUUCUUCUUUCUGCGAUGCCCCGCGGGAGCCUCCUGCAGAGGUGAUGCACCUUUGCCAGAUGCUGACGCGCAAGCUGCAGGCUGUCGACGCGCUGUCGCCUCAGGAGUGAAGAAGGCAAGAUGACAGUGAGGACAGGAAGUCACGCGAAAAAGCCAAAAGAACUGCGCGAGAGAGCAGCGAGGAACGAGGAGGCGAAGGCAGCAAGAGCGAGCAGAGAGGAGGAACAUCGGAGAAAGACAGGGAGCCGACCUGGAGGCCGAGAAAGAGAGAGUGGCGCAUGCAGAAAGAGGAAGAAAGGGAUGUGCGUCGGGGGAGGAAGAGGAAGACGCAGAAGGAGAGCGGGAAGGCAAUUGGUCGAAGGAGAGAACGACGUCGACGCAGGGAGAAUUCGAACAACAGGGCAAAAGGAAGAGAGAGUAACACGGCGAAGCUUGGGACAUCUGCUUUUGCUUAAAGCGAGGGAAAUUUUUUCAGAGACAGAACUCUUCUAAUGCAGACUUUUGUCAAGUUCUUUUCGGACCCAUGUUCAAAAGCGGGUGCUGCGCGCAUGCCCCGCUGCGGUACAUCUGAAGAUAUCAUUUUUCUUCUCGGGGAAACAAAGGGGGAGAAACAGAGGCUCAUCGGAUGCACUUUGCGCACUGCAGGCUCAGGCAUGCAUUUUGUCAAGAAACGACAUUCCACUCAAAAGAAAUUCGAUGUUUCUCUCGAAAGGAGACGAAGUAACCACGCAUCGACACCUCAUUCAUAUUGCAAGAAUGCUCAUGUACCACGCAUCUAUUUGAGUAUCUUUUUCCUCUACAUAAGUGUACAUCUGUGUACAAAUAUAUUUGUACUAUAUUUAUACAAAUAUAUGUAUGCACGGACGGGAGAUUCUGAAUGGUUUUUUUCUCGAUUCACAGAGAGAAGGGGAACAAAGACCGAUUUGCUGAGAGGGCCCGCUUGCCGAGA